AUGUCAUCCUCUUUGCCUAUUCUGCCAAAUCCUUUGAAAGGGAGCUUCCCAAGGCCUUGUAACCCCCAGCAUAUUCCUAUGUCGAGGCAGCUGCCUGAUGAUUCUAUGCCCUUGCGUAAUGACAUACAUCAGUCUGCUAGUUUGCACCCAAGAGCUGGUGUUAUCGGGGCACCAUAUUCAGGCUACUCUGCUAGUCCACUUGAUUCUGUGUCUAACCAUGAUAGCCAGUCAAUGGUUGCACCCUAUAUUUCUCAGUCAUCCAGUUUUGAAGCUUUCCAGUCUCUAUCUGAUAAUACCCCAGGAACACACACUGAGGCAGCCUGGUUCACAUCUUCUAUGGAUGUUUCACCACUCUACACAGAUAAUAUUGCUGCUCCUGAUGAUAAUCGAAUCCAGAGUAUACGUCCUGCUAUGACAUCUGAUGAGACUGCUAAACAUAAUGAUUGGUGGGCAGAUAUAAUGAAUGAUGAUUGGAAAGAUAUUCUAGACGCAACAGCUACUGAUUCACACUCAAAAGCUAUGAUUCAAACUUCCAACUCAGCUACAUCACUACCUGCAGUAAACCAGUCAGCUUCAUCUCAUAGUAUGGAGAUUUGCCCUGUUGCUAGUCCUCCCAAUAGCAGCAAUGCUUCAGUUGCUAAACAACGGAUGAGAUGGACCCCAGAACUCCAUGAAUGUUUUGUAGAUGCUGUAAAUCAGCUUGGCGGUAGCGAAAAAGCUACUCCCAAGGGCGUGCUAAAGCUCAUGAAAGUUGAUGGUUUGACUAUAUAUCAUGUCAAAAGCCAUCUGCAGAAGUACCGCUCAGCUCGCUAUAAACCAGACCUGUCUGAAGGUACAUCGGAAAAAAGGACAGCCGCUGAAGAGCUGGUCCUGGACCUGAAAACGAGCAUGGAUCUUACUGAAGCGCUGCGCCUUCAGAUGGAAGUCCAGAAACGUCUUCAUGAACAGCUUGAGAUUCAGAGAAAAUUGCAGUUGCGGAUUGAAGAGCAAGGAAAGUAUCUGCAGAUGAUGUUUGAAAAGCAGAGUCAAUCGAGCACAGAGAAAGUCCAGGAUCCAUCCUCAAGGGAUACAGCGGCAAAACCAUCAUCUAUUCUGAACCAGUCUGCAAACAAGGAUAGUGGUGCAACCAUGGACCCAAAUAGAACAGGAGACAGCGUGAAGACUGCAGAACUGGGAGAACGGUCAUCUGGAUUAGGUGUCAAACAGAAACUUGUAGAGAUCGAAUCUGAUACUGAAGGAGCCACAGACGAUGGAUCUAAGAUCUCCCAAGAGAAGCCGCGCAAACUGCAAGAUAGUUAA